AUGAAACAGUCUAGUCACGUUCAAGGAGCGAACGAUAACGCCGUGGAAACGAACUACAAUGGUGAAGCAGACUGGAUGGAUGAUUUUGAGCCUGGUUCCGCCGCCUCUGGACCAGGAAAACAACACAAGGAUUUCCCUACUCGUGACAGACGGCCAAGACGUUAUAUAUCUUCGGGACCCGAAUAUCUCUCCAAAGACUACUCGUUGUCUUCAAAGGAUACUCGUAGAGAUGUCAGUCCCUUGCAAAUAUCCGAGGUCGGUAUCCCAGCAACCCCGAGAAAAGUGUCUUAUUCGACUCUCAAAGGCCAGUUGUCCGAGAUGGAGGCAGACGCAUGUCCUUCGCCGCUGCACAGACAUGCUGCAGAUGUCUUCAGCAAUAACUCUGUCGUCCAAGGUCACCAGAAUGUUAACGACGAACUUGUGGAGGCCAUUUCGAGAAAUAUAGCCCAACAACUACAAAUGCUAUCUAUCAAGAACACAACCGUUCGUGGACGAAGUGACACUCAACAGCCACCUUCCCGGGCCUCGGGUGGUCUCGAAAACGAGUCGAGAACCCCAAGUCAGAGGGAAGCUCUGAAUAAAUUCACUCAAGAGCUGCAGAGAUAUGCUGAGCAGUCAGGUGCAAAAGGGAAGCUGCCGAUACCUACUCCGACCCCACCGCGUUCUAGUACAAGCCUUCAUACGAUAGCAGCUCUUUUGCCCUUUCGUUCUGAAUUUAAAGCUGCCGGUCUUGCGAUUACUUCAAAAGAUCAGAAGAAACGUUCCUCUCACUGGUCUCAUGUUGGUAAACAUAGAGCGAUGAUGAACCAAGCGCCCCCGCCUCAUAUCGAACAACGGCAUAUCCUCCAAAUGGAUGGCAAUACAGGCUGCCCUAGUUCAAGUACAGAGAUCCCAUUCCCGGUCGCAAAAGACAUGGACGAGUUCAGAUAUGCAAUGGUGGACCAGCCAAAGCCCCAUAAGCAUCGAAGAAAGAAGCUUACACAGAAACCAAAACCUUUAUAUUCGGAAUCCCUCAACGAGAAGGCUUUAACAGGACCUACGGCCAAGCUUCCCAGACCACGAAUGCAUACAUAUCCCGAAUGGCCCACUGUCACAUCUUUGGAGAGAAGGUCUAACCAGCGGAAGAACCUCGACAAACGGAAGACGAAAUCGAGUUUCCCAGCUGUACGAAGCACCCAAGUGGCGAGGCAAUCAAAUCUGGCCUUUUUCACUGGGCGAGGGACACCUAUGAUUUGCUCAAGUGUGUCCUUGGAAUCGGCAGUCCAGGAUAAUGCUGGCCCAUCCUCAAAUAAACACCACCCUCGUGCAAAGAACGACGGUUAUGCAGACAGAAAUUGUAGCCAAGGAAACGAAGAGGAGAGCCCAUGCGCCAGACCAGUGCAGACCUCGAGAGAUAUCAAGCAAUCCACAUUGGUGCAACCUCACCCCAGAAGCGGCCAUAGCUUAAGUGCUGAUAUUGUUGUCCCACAGCAGUUACGUGCCACAAAAAAGUCCAGUAAACCUUUGCCAGAACUCCCUCACCCAGAUUCAUCAUCAACAGCUACAGAACAAAGCUGCAGAUUGUCUGUUGAAGAUAUCUCACCAUCUACACCGAAGAAGAACUUACUUGAUAAAGAUAAAGCAAAGGUAUCAUCUGACAGGAGACACAACUAUGGAAGCCAUUCCAUAUCACCAAAUCAUGUUACUGUCUGUUCACGAGGCUUUUCUGGUCGAAAGAUUGGACGACCAAACGUACCAAAGCGAACAUCAUCCAUUCGAAGUCUUCGAGCACCCGAUCAAGAUUAUGACCAAGAUGGAGUCCUAGAUCGCGAUGUGCUAAGGGGUCUCCAUAUUGCGUCUUCGGCAGCUUGCAACGAGCAGAUUGAUUCAUUCAUCCACGAGAAGACUGGUCUACACAUUCGACAAUUUCUGGCUGAUCUCAUGCCGCUUAAGAGUCUGGGCAAUGAACCAGCGCGGGAAUCCAAGGAAGAAAGGUCGAGGAGAAGGCGGGCAGACAUCAGGGAGGUGAAGCGACGAGUGAGGAAAUCUCGACAGAUGAGAGAACGCGCCAUGGUCUAA